AUGUAUCUACCGCGGUCACUCAUUUCCACCCUCUACCUACAUCUCCAGCGGACACACCACCCCCUCUCCCCACCAGUCCUGAUACUCGUCGCUCUCGAACCUGAUGCACUAUGCGGCUGUCGAAUCCUUACCCAACUACUUAAACGCGACUACAUACCGCACAAGAUCCAACCGAUUGCAGGCUAUGGUGACUUGGAGAAGGCGGGUCGAAAUGUUAUUCGGCCGAUGAUGGAGAGUCAGGGUGGCAGUGGAGGUGUUGUGGUUUGUCUGGGUGUUGGAGGAUUGGUUGAUCUUGGAGGUCUGCUGGGAAUUGAUACAGAGGAAGACGUGGAUAGUUAUGGUGGGGUGGAAGUCUGGGUUAUAGAUGCGAGACGACCGUGGAACCUGGGGAAUGUCUUUGGGGGUUAUCCUACGUUACCACCGCCAGAGGAGGGUGGGGAACCCAUGAAGCAACUUGGAGUUGAUGGUGGGAAACUUCUGAGGGGGUAUAAACCUGGCAAGGGUGGUAUUGUUGUUUUUGAUGAUGGGGAUAUCGAAGAACAGCUGGAUACCGAAAGAGACGCGUAUAUGGCAUUAAUUGAUAUGCCAGAGGUCGAGGAGAAUGAUGAUGAUAGUGAGGGAAGCGAGACGGGGAGUGAGAACGAGGACGUAGUAGAACCCAAGCUAGGGCAGAAACGGAAGUCUUGGUCAGAUAGGGACGAAGAGGAUGAAAGCAGUGACGAUGAUGAUAGACCAAGGCAACGGCGGAGAAGUAAUUCGUCUAGUCCGAUACCCGAUUCCCCUUCAACGCGUCCAGCUCAAAGAGGCCUCAUGUCAUUAGAUGGCCCGCCACCAUUAGAUACUACUGCUUCACGAUCUGUAUCACCUACCCCUGCGCAACCCCCUAGAGGCCCUUCGGCACGAACACUGCGGCGACGUCUACUAAAGCUUCGCCGGAAACACGAAACCGUUCUACAGGCCUACUACUCACUUGGAGCAUCAUACUCGGAACCUAUAGCCUCAAUGAUGUAUUCUCUUGCGUCAGAACUUGGCCGGGAAGACAAUGACCUUCUAUGGAUGACGAUUGUAGGAGUUACAUCUAUGGAGUUAUACGGGAGAUCUGCAAUAGGCGUCACCGUCUCUUCCCAGAAUCCAUCAACAGCUGCGUCCAGUUGGCUGGGUACACGUGGGUCAAGGAUACGGCAGUUACUACGAGAUGAAGUUCGACGUUUGAAUCCUCCCGAGCUUUCAGAGUCAAGCUAUACCUCAAACCGGAACAUGCUGCCUGAAAACAGUGGCAUUAUCCCUACAUGUGCACGGGGUCCUACUGACACCGCAAUUCGUCUCUCCCCUGAACCGAAAUUUCUUCUCAUCCGGCAUUGGAGUUUGUAUGAUAGCAUGCUGCAUUCUCCCUACCUCUCUGCACGGUUACAUAUCUGGUCUGACAAUGGACGAAAACGUUUGCACAAAUUACUCGCCAAGAUGGGAGUCAGUCUUGUCCAAUGUAAACAAAGCUAUACACAUAUGGAUAUGGAGCUGAAGAGGGGCUUACGAACCAAACUGCUAAAAUACUCUGAGAUGUACGGCCUGGACGAUUUAGUACCAUCAGCAGACACUGAUGGCAAAGAUCGAGGGGGAGCUAAGGAAGGCUGGGGAUUCGUCCGGAGUUGGGGCUGGACAGCAACACUUAGCGCUCAAGAUGUCGGUAUAGUUGUAGGUGCCCUUCUUGAAGUAGGAAAGCAAGCUGUCUCGACGCUCCAAGUUGGAGGAUGGGAUCGAGGUAGAGAUAACAAGGAGACUACGGACGAGGAUGGGACUUUGGAAGGCGAGGAAUGGGUUGGGAGAUUCUGGGACGCAUAUGAUGCUCUCGAAAAAAUCGAUGAACUUAAAGCCGCACUCCCAACAGCCCAACAUCUUCACCGUGCCAUCCUGCGCACUGGCACCGGCCUAAUCGAAAAGCGCCAAAUCCGCCAUCUCCGCGCCUUUCGAAUGUGCGUCGUCAAAGAUGGCCCUGACGUCGCCCUCUUCACACACCCAGCCGCACUUACCAAACUCGCGCUCUGGAUCGGCGAAGCUAUCGCUGAGCAGGAGCGUGAGAGUAAAGGGAAGCUAGGUCAUGGUGGACGCGGCACCCCACUCGUCGUCGCAGGUCUUAAUGAAAACCGCGGCGUAUAUGUUGUCGUUGGAACUGGCGGGGGUGGAGGUGGGGGAAUGGGGUUUGGCGACAAGACGGCUGCUAAGGAGAAAAAAGCGAAGCGCGAGGCUAAAGCCAAAGCGCGCGAGCUAAAAAAGAAGAAUAAGGAGAAAGUUAGGGAAGAGAAACGAGCUGCGAGACAAAAUGAUGAUGAAGAGGAUGAAACGGAGUCUGAAGGCUCUGAUGAUUCUGAAUCCGAAUCCGAAGAUGACGAGGACGACGAAGCGGAGCAAGUAAAGGGCUUCGGGAGGAACAAAUUCGGGAAUGCGUUCCAAGAGGUUGUCGAGGAGACGAAUGCUAGGGUGAGGAUUGACAGUUUUGAACAUUGUGUAGUGGAGGUCAAGAAGGAGGACUUGGCGGGUUUCCUCGAGAGUCUGAGUAUGAAGGCUGUGGUUGGAUGA